GUCGCAACAAGGUUAGUCAGUGAACUUUAUCUAAAUGAUGAAACUGUAUUCAUUAAAAUUCAGUGUCCCAUUAUUCAUUUCUAGUUGUACAGGAAUGUUUUUUAUAUGACCAUACGCUUUUCAUGUUUACAGCAACCAGCGGUCAUUUGCCGUGUUGAUGCAUUUUCGAAGUUGAUCAAAAGGUUUGAUGCUUCUAGAAUUGAAGUUGUUAAACAAAUGGGUUUUGGUGGGAUGCUAAUGUUGAAGUUGACCCAACUCUCGCGACAGUUCUGCUAUUGGUUAAUGACUAGGGUGGAUGGAGUUGCCCAGACCUUGGUUGCAAGUGAUGGCAGAGUCUUACCGUUGUCUCCAACACAAUGGAAAUGCAUAUUUGAUCUCCCAAUGGGAGGUAAGACGGUUCCCUUCGACGUGGUUGAUAGUCCGGCGUUGGUUGUUAAGGCUGCGAAGGUGUCUCGGAAAUUCACAAUGGUGAAUGGGGAGGGAAAGGAAAUGGUUUCUUUACGUUCAGUCAUCGAUGCGUUAGUCGAAGAGGAUGAAGAUGGCAACGUCACCCAGCUAGAAACCGAAUCGGGCCGUAGCGAAUUCCGUACUGCUUUCUUGAUGGCGCUCUUGGGUCUGGUCAUAUGUCCUUCGACUGAUGGAUCAUAUAUGUCUAAGCCCUUGAUGCAAGCGUGUACUGUGGCAGACAUGUCAAUUGAAUAUGAUUGGUGUACGUUUGCCCAUGAGUGGCUUAUGACUAAGUCUUCUGAGUUUGCUGAGAAGUUUGACAAAGCUGGGUUCGUGGCGGGAUGUGGUGGUUGUACUCUGUUCCUCUUGAUAUUCUACCUAGAUCAUUUGAACAGGCCUCCUCUGUCGUGGAACGAGUUUCCAAGGAUAGGAGUUUGGACAACUGAGCAUGUCUUCCUGGCUAGGGAUUUGGACAAGAAGGAAACUGACGACUACGGAAAGCUAUCAUCACUGGACAUUGCAUAUGGGGAACCACAUCCCCGACUCGCCAGAGACAAAAUUACACCCAUCUCGCAGGAAGAUGAGGAUUGCGAGGAUACAAGGCUAGUAAAUAAUAUUAUGAAGUUGAUCACACCUUACCUAGAGAGGCUGGAGGAGAAGAUUGAUAAGUUGCAAACGGCACGGGACAACACAAGACCCUUUGGCUUUCCCAUACAUGACCAGUUCCAUAUCCAUUCUCCGGCUCAUCAUUUUGCUGACAAUAUACAAGAUCUUGAUAUUGGUUUGAAUCAACCAUUCACGUCUCUUGAGCAAAUGGGAAGUCCAAGGAUAAUCAAUCCAACCUCACAAAGAACCCAAACAGAGCAACAAGAGAUCAACAAGAAGAUGGCCGCUGUCGACGAUUUGUUGCACAUUGACAAUCACCAUCAAGUAUCAGUUACUGAUGUCAUUGGCAAAGUUGCAAAUGAAUCUCUUCAAUCCGUAUUAGCACAACGUAAUGAAGAGUGUCAUGCCAAUAACGAGAAUGAUCCUGUGAACAAUAAGGAGUUGAAUCAGGACGACCCAUUGACUAGUAAGGAGUUGAAUGAGGAUGCGCGUGACAAUGAUGAGGAGUUGAAUGAGGAUGCGCGUGACAAUGAUGAGGAGUUGAAUGAGGAUGCGCGUGACAAUGAAGAGGCCGCUGCUGGAGGAGGACCAAGGAGGAGGAGGAGUUUAGGACACCGAACUCAUAUUCCAUCUGCAGCAGUAUUUUCGGGAGAUUUCGUGUCUGGUACAAACCAAAGGGUCACAGGUCCGGUUAAUGACAUCACUGCGUUCGUUAAGAGAUGGAAAGAUUUGAGAGACGAGGCUAAUCCAGGACAAGUCAUGAUUACCUGCGAUGGCAGGAGUGCAACCCAAAGAGACUGCUAUGGGGUCUUGCAUACAAGAGCGAGGGUCAGUGCUGACUAUGUAAGGAUGGCUUCGGAGAUGUAUAUGAAAAAGUGGGCAAUGGAUUACGAAGGCAAGAGUCGGAGAAUUAUGCUUGACCCAACAUUUGCGAUGAGGGUAAUUACGAAUAAGGAUCCUUUUGAACAUCUGGCAAAGAAGCACGGCCAACCGCUUCGUGACAUAACUGCAUCCCAAAUUUGUGUGGUAUUUUUCCUAGUUUUAACAUUCUCCUUUCACAUGUUCUCUGAAUAA